GAGUUAGAGAGACGAAACACCUAACAAUCUCCCGCGGUCACGACUCACGAGUCAAACGAACUUGCUAUAUACUCGCAACCGCUUCUUUCCUGUCGUGCGAUCUUCCCCUGCUGCCUUGUGCACCAUCCUCGGUAGAGAGGAUCGAUCGAUGGGGGCAGGCGUGCCGCCGUCGCUGUUCAUGGCGACAGUGGUCGCCGCGCUGAUGGCCACCGCGGCGGCCGUCGCCGUGGAGGACUCGACGACGGACAACGUCCAGCCGCUGUCGACGCUGAAGAUGCAGGCCGCGCGGGUCGCGAUGGACUCGGCCGCUGUCGUCCACGCCUCGCCCGACGUGCUUGGCGAGAACGGGGAGGAUUUCGCCUGGGUGACCGUCAACUUCACUGCGCCGGCGCCGUCCGCGGACCACUGGGUCGCGCUCUUCUCGCCUGCCGAUUUCAGUUUGAGCGUUGGAGGCAGCGCAAGUGCCAAUGCAGCAGCAGCAGGGGAAGAGGGGCCUGCAGGGUUACCCAGGGCGCCCAUUAAGUACAUGUUUGCCAAUAUCUCACCGAGCUUCAUGAGCACCGGCGGCGGCAACAUGAGAUUUCUGGUGAUCAACCAACGGUCCGACUACGCGUUUGGGCUGUUUUCCGGCGGCAAGGACAACCCUAAACUUAUCGCGGUUUCAAACAAGAUCUCCUUCGCGAACCCGAAAGCUCCUGUCUUCCCACGCCUAUCUCAGGGGAAAGAAUGGAAUGAGAUGGCUGUAACAUGGACAAGCGGGUACAACAUCAACGAAGCCUACCCCUUUGUGGAGUGGAGAAUGAAGGGAGAGGAGAGUUCCAAACGGACGCCGGCCGGCACCCUCACCUACACGCAGAGGCAUUUGUGUGGUAAACCAGCGAAUGCGGAAGGAUACAGAGACCCCGGUUUCAUCCACACAGCCUUCUUGAAGGACUUGUGGCCGAACAGAGAGUAUUCUUAUCAGAUUGGGCAUGAACUACCAAAUGGAACCGUGGUAUGGGGCAAGUCCUCCGCCUUCCGUGCAUCGCCUUUCCCUGGCCAGGACUCGCUCCAGCGAGUUGUGGUCUUCGGUGACAUGGGCCUGGGGCAAACUGAUGGGAGCAAUGAGCUCGCCGGGUUCCAGCCCGGGGCGCAGGUGACCACCGACCGGCUGAUCAAGGACCUGCAGAACUACGACGCCGUGUUCCACAUCGGAGACCUCUCCUACGCCAAUGGCUUCGUCGCGCAGUGGGAUCAGUUCACCGCGCAGAUCGAGCCGAUAGCCUCAAAGGUGCCGUACAUGGUGGCAAGCGGCAACCAUGAGAGGACUUACCAGGACACGGGAGGCUUCUACAACGGCAACGACUCCCACGGCGAGUGCGGCGUGCCGGCGGAGACCUACUUCUACGUGCCCGCCGAGAACCGGGGCAAGUUCUGGUACGCGGCGGACUACGGCAUGUUCCGGUUCUGCGUCGGCGACACGGAGCACGACUGGCGGCCGGGGUCGGAGCAGUACGCGUUCCUGGAGCGGUGCUUCGCGUCGGCGGACCGGAAGCACCAGCCGUGGCUGGUCUUCGCGGCGCACCGCCCGCUGGGCUACUCCUCCAACGACUACUACGCGACGGAGGGAUCCUUCUCGGAGCCCAUGGGGCGGACCCUGCAGGGCCUGUGGCAGAAGCACCGCGUCGACCUCGCCAUCUACGGCCACGUCCACAACUACGAGCGCACCUGCCCGGUGUACGAGAACACGUGCAUGGACGGGAAGAAGGACAAGGGAAGCUACUCCGGCGCGAUGGGCGGGACGAUCCACGUCGUGGCCGGCACAGGCGGCGCCAAGCUGAGGAACUACUCCGCCGGUCCGUGGCCGCAGUGGAGCGUGGUCCGGGACGAGAGCUUCGGGUACGUGAAGCUCACGGCGAGCGACCACUCGACGCUGCGGGUGGAGUUCAUCCACAGCGACGACGGCGCCGCGCACGACGCGUUCAACAUCAGCAGGGACUACAAGGACGUCCUGGCGUGCACGGUCGACAGCUGCGCGCCCCACACUUUGGCCAACUGAUCUGUAGAGAAUUAGGCAGAGAGUUAGUGUUUUCUGUUCAGAUCAUGCGUUCCAAAUGGGACCCCUGGUGUCUUCAAUUUCGUAGUGCU